AUGCCGCAAGUCCCGGGCAGGCCACAACUUCAACCAGGCUUUAACCCUCCCAAAAUUCAACCGCUGCAGAAUACAGUUCGGCCUCCGGCCCCCGUAAAACGCGAAAGCUCGGACAGGUCGAGAUUCGCCAACAGACCCCAACCACAAAGCCCUCGUCAACGUGGCAGGCCAAGAAGAGCACCACCUCGAAUUACCCCCAAGGCACCUUCUGGUCCCGCUGAAAGACGCAAUCUACCGCCAGUGGCGACGGAACUCAAUGUUCCGCCGGCGCAAGGGACCGCGGUCAUUAUUCACGGCCCCCGCAUCCUCGACUCGGUGAUAGCGAGACGAAAGGAACCCCCACCUUAUGAGGCCCAUUGCAAGGUAGGGCAAACCUUAAAACGGGCACGAGAGGAAUAUUCUGCUAACUCCCUAUGCUUAUUCAAGCUGAUGUUUCAUUGGCCUCCCGAAGAUGGCCUGACUAUGAAAGGUUGCUUUGGUGCAGAUCUUGAAGACCUUGAUUCUCUGCGAAAAACCUGGCGGGUCCAUAUCUACAUCCAGCACGAUCUCAAUAAUUAUCUCUGCGUGGCCAGUGCUCAAAGCUUCGAUCGAAAGGAAAUGGUUCAAGUUCUCCGAAACCUCUACACUGAGAAGUACGCUAGACUCAAGCUGCAGAUCAAGGCAUACUUGGUCGAACCCCCAUUGGUCACCGAACCAGGAGACAAAGUUAUCAUCUCAAAGUGCAAUGGAUUUUACCACCCGACUCUUCAGAAGGAUCAAAACAAUCAACUUCAACCCCUGCAAACCGAAGACCAAAAACGCAAUGAGGCAGCUGGUACAAGAGGCAACAAUCUCAUGGCAGGUGUUCCAUCGGCCAAUCAUGACCUCAUUCGCAGCCACCUUGACCGAUGCCUGAGCAUGCUGAAAUACGUCGAUUCUCAAGUAGGACUCAGAGUCAAAUUUGGGACUUUCAUACUGAGCCGAUGGAAAACUCCAGGCGGCUCAGCCAGCUAUCCGCUACAUAAAUUCCCGGAAAUUCUCACAGAUAAUAAAUGGCAGGGGCGUCUCGUACCAGGUCUCGGCCUUAGCCAGACCAACCUCCUCAGGCGCUGCUUGCAAGCCCAGGAUACCCUCCUUCCCAUGGGAACAGCAAAAGGCAUAACCAACGCAGGACUAAACCCCGACACAAUGAAAACUCUGCACUCAGCGAGCUUCGAAUUCGCAAAGGCUGAAAAAUCAACAACUACGUUCCGCUUGGACGUCAAUUUCAACCAGGAUCAUAGCGCGAUUGAGUCCGGAUCAGCUCAAUACCGCUGGUUCAAGACAUCAACAGGGGCUACACGCCUGCCACCGCUUCAACUUGCUAUGAUUGAUUUCGACAGGGUCAAUUGGGAGAUGGGAAUGGAUUUAUUUGAGCCACUAGCCAAAGAAGAUCUGAGUGAAGCCCAGAUUGAGUUUGCAAAUAACGUGAAGCUUGAUCCUGUCCGCGGUGCAACCCCAAUCAGUUCAGAACCGAGACGGAAGAUCAUGUUCGCGGACACUGCAUUGAUUUCGAAGCUAGUUCAAAAGACCGCCCUACAGUUCAAAGUUACAGGCACAGACUACGUGCUGGAACUGGCAAGAUUUGAAGAAUCUCAAUACUCCUUGACAGGUCGUACUCAGUGGACGCCGCCUAACGUCCAAUGGGGCGCUUGCCUCACAUCUCCGGGAUGGGAUAGCCUACUUAACGACAAGAAGAAAAGGCUGGAUAAGUUAGGGCUUGGUUCGCUUUUCCCACGCGUGAGCGACUUUCAUGACUUUUUAAAGAUUGUCAGGAAGAUUUCUGGGAUACUCGGCCCAAUGCCGAACUUAGGAGGCAGUGACGAGGGGAAUGGAGACCUGUCUGGGGUUUUAGACUCCGAGCUCGGGACAUUGUUCUGA